AUGGCAUAUAACAAUAACUCAAAACAGAUACCGUGUAAAUUUUUCCAACAAGGAUAUUGUAAAUUUGGGACUUCGUGUAAGUUUGCUCAUGUAUAUGCCAAUGCCAAUGGCCCUAAUAAUAAUAAUAAUUUAAACAAUCAAAAUAACUUAUUUAUACAGGGAAAUAACAAUAAUAAUAGUAAUAAUGAUAAUGGAAGUUUCGGUCAACCUGCAUUUGGAUCUAGUGGAUUUGGUAAUUCAAAUGCUAAUCCUUUCGGCUCGAUAAAUAAUAACAAUCAGAACACAACUGGUCAAAAUCUAACAAAUUCAUUUGGACAACCAGCAUUUGGCCAAACAGGCGGAAGUAGUGCAUUUGGGCAACCUGCAUUUGGAUCCUCAGCUGCUACAACAGGUGCAUCUCCUUUCUCAUCAAUUCAAAAUAAUACAAAUUCUUCUGCGCCUAAUGCAUUUGGGACAUCAAGUAUGACAAAUAAUAAAAAUCCAGGCAAUCCUGGAGCUUUUGGCAAGCCUGCAUUUGGAAACCCAAACCCUUCUUCGAUGUCGUCAGCGUUCGGCUCAUCAUCCUUCGGAGCCUCUAAUAACACAACAGCGACAGGUAACUCACCUUUCGGAAAUGUUCAAAAUUCUAGUACAAACUCUGGGAAUGCUUUUGGAAGUUCUGGGUUUGGAACUACGAAUAUCGCAUCAUCUAAUCCAGGUUCAUCAUUCGGCACAUCAGCAUUCGGGGCACCUGCAUUCGGUGGUAACGCCAACCAGAAUAAAGCAUUUGGCACCACCACUACAAAUAAUAUAUCACCUUUUGGUGCUAUAACUAAUGGUACAAAUAACCCCCAGAAUAGUCCAUAUGGGACAACUACAAAUACCAAUACAUUUUCAACUCCCUUUGGUGCAAUUAAUAAAACUACUGGUCCAAGUACAUUUAAUAAUACUAAUACAACUACAGCGGCAAGUCCGUUUGGAUCAGUAAAUAAUAUAAGCAAUACAAGUCCAUUCGGUGCUGCUGCUAAUCCAAAUACUAAAAGUGUCUUUGGUGUUGUCGAAAAUACAGUCGGGACGAAUGGAUUUAGUGUCAAUAGUACUGAAAGCAUAAACAAUGGUCCAUUUGGAGCUCCUUCUACAGAAACUACAGGGAAAUCAUCAUUUGGGCAACUUGGGGCUACUAAUCUUGCAUUUUCCCAAAGCUUUGCCAAUAAUGCAACGCCUUUUGGUAAUAUAACAUCUAGCACAUCUAACGAUACCUCGAAUGCAUUUGGUGGACAAACAAGUAAAGCUAUCAAUAAUACAACUAAUGUGACAACUAAUUCAUUGUUUGGAAGCGGAAACCCUAAAGUACUUACACAAGGAAAUGCAUCUGCAGUUGCUAUGUCAGCUAAUAAUGUAAGCAACACUAAUGUUGACGUUUCAAGUACGGGUAUUGAGUUAAGUGUUGAAAUAUUAGAAGCCUUUAAGGCAGCAGAUUUCGAACUUGGAAAAGUACCAGAUUUACCACCUCCAAUUGCAUUGGUCUCAUAA